AUGCCAGCCCUGCAGCACCACUGUCCCAGCUGCCUCCUGUCGGGCACCGACGGGGCUGAGGUUUCCUACACACAUGAUCGAAACCCUGUCCACCUCUCCUGGACCACCACCACCACAAGCACAGCCCAUCCUCCCAUCUCCUCCUGCCCCACACACCGCAUCCCUCCAGCCCUUUCCGCGCCGGCAGCGCAGGCGCUUCCCGGCCGGGGCUCCGCGUCGCCCGGGCACGCCACCGCCUGCCCGCCGGCCGCGGGGGGCGGGAUCCCCGCGCCUUUUCGCUACGUCAGGAACGGGGAAACCCCCGCCGGCCGGCAGCCGCCUUUUAGCGCCGCGCUCCGCCUCCGUGCCGGCAGAGCGCUGCUGCCACCGACGCGAGAGCGCCCUGAGCGCUCCGUGCCGAGCCGAGCCGAGCCGAACCUGGGCGCUCUGUGCCCCGCCGAACCGAGCCUGGGCGCUCCGUGCCCCGCAGCCCAGUGCCCCGCCGAGCCGAUCCUGGGCGCUCCGUGCCCCGCAGCUCCGUGCCCCGCCGAGCCGAUCCUGGGCGCUCCGUGCCCCGCAGCUCCGUGCCCCGCCGAGCCGAUCCUGGGCGCUCCGUGCCCCGCAGCUCCGUGCCCCGCCGAGCCGGGCCCCGCCGCCGCGAGGAUGCCUGGUCGGACCCUGCGCAAAGCCGCGCCUCCUGCCGCUCCUGCAGGGCGCGAGGCGGCGGCGGAGGAGUGCGCCCUGGAGCUGGCCCGCAUCGGCGACAGGUGGGACCUGCGGCAGAGGAUCCUGAACCUGCUCGCCAAGUUGUUCUGCCCCGGAACGUGGGCUGCCCACGGACACGGCGAGGGGAACGGAGGAGGAUCUUGGCUUUGUGGGUUUGGAAGAAGAGGCUCCACAGACAGUGGGAGAUGAAGAAACCUCAAAUCUGGUUGCAUUGUAUUGAGCUGCCCGUAGCCGCUGGAGGAUGGCUAUCACAUGAUUUGUCUGAAGAAUGUUACAGCAAUAUUGGCGUAUGAAUGCCAGGUGGGAAAUAAAGAUAACGACGGGCAGAGCCUCUCAACCGUGCAGCAGUGACUUAGGGCAAGCCGGUGACAUGGGGAGAUUUGGGGCAAGGCUGAACUUGCCCUUCACCAUGGUCUGAGAAGACUUUCAGGAACGCGGUUACCCCAGUCACCCUCUGGUCCUCAUGUCCCAUAACCCUGUUUCACCAAGGAGUUCGGGCCACCUCCUGGAUGAAGCCAAAAAAAGUGUCAGUGUGUUGGAACUUGGGAUCACAUACCACACAGGAAAAGCCAGUUGCUGGAUUUUUGACUGCUCCUCUUUUCUAAAGCAUGGAUCCUGCUGGACAGCGAUCUGGUGGCGGGACGUAAAAUUUAUUAAAGUAAACCACUAUCUUUAUUGAAAAGUUCUUUGUUGCAGGAUGUUGCUUUGCAGACUAAAAGUUGUAAUUCUAUGAAUUAACACAGUGUUGCAUAGUUCUAGCCUAUAUAAAUAUAUAGUAUAAGUUUAUAUAUAUAUAUAUAUAGUAUGUAUACGUAAAAUAUAAACGCGUGCACCGCUAGUGUAUGUCAUGAGUAUUUAACAGAACUAUUAAUCGAAAGCUGUUUGUUUAGUCUCAAAACACAGUACGAAAAAAUGUUCAAAACAUGACAAAACUCAAUAUAAAAAGGUAUAUAAACGAAAAAAACCUAUAAUAUUUUCUGAUGAUAAAGGAAAUAAAUCAUGCUUCAGAGAGGGAAGCAUAUUUUAGCAUUAUAUAAGAUAUAUAUCUGAAUAUAUAUUACACAAACACAGAUAUUGAGAUAAUUGUGGUGGAAGGAUUCUUUCAAUAUUACAAAGAAUUUCUUGAUAACGGUACAGUUCUGCUGUGUCUUUAUAAGUAACAAAAUAGCUUCAAUAGAAGUAGAUCUUAAAGUCGAAUCUCAAGUUUUGUUGAGAAUGUUAUUUAUUCAAAGAAAGCAACUACCUCUCUUUGAAGAAAUAAUAUCAAUAGAAUUGAGUGUUACAGCGGUACAAGAAAGUAGCCUUAUGAUUGCUAAAUUAUACUUACAGGCAGAGGUUCUUCCCUUGUACUUUAUUUCCAUUUCAUUUCGUGGCCUCCUCAUUUCAGUUCCAGAAUGGUGAAGCUGCUGCAGCACAUCCAGUGGAUGGUGAUGCAUCAUCACCACUGAGGAGUUACAUGGGUGUAACCCAUCUCACUGAGGGGAUAUUACCUUGGCUGGCUUCAGAGGACCUGAAUUAAACAUGUUGGUUGCAGUCAAGGCAAACAGUAACUCUACUAGUCAAUUCAUGUCAGGCUCCAUCCUAAACAGUAUUUUUCCUGGGUCCAAGAUAGCAAAAAAAGGACUGAAGCUGAUCCUGUUUCAUAGCUACCUCUAGGGUCACUGGUCAGAGUUCCUUCUCUUAACUUGUCUAUAAAUACAUUUGCAUUUUAUAAGACUGUAUAGUUACACUUUCUGUUAUUUGUGUCUAUUCAAAUUUUGUCUUCUCCUUUCUUGUGGUGGAUUCCUGUUGGUAUUUAUAGUUUAUUUUUCUGUUAUCUCUUCUUAAUCUGCCUUUGCAAAAUUAUCAUUACGUAACUCUGGUCACUCUCACAACCAACCGUGUAGGGGAUUUACAUAUUGACACUGACUUCUGUCACUGAGCAGAAGCUGACUGACUUUCCCUUCUUUCCACAUGGAAGACUUAACCCCAUCCAUCCCAGUGGUUUUACCGGGAGCUUUGCUGUUGGCUUGAGCCACAUGCAUGGUUCCCUUCCCCUCUAAGCUAGCUAGUACCUUUUCAGGGAGAACACAAUAUUUCAAGAAUAGUUGUUAUUUAUCUUAGUACUGCAUAGCAGUGUGUUUGGCUGACAUGUACAUAGGUCAGUUUUUCAGGUACUAAAAAGUAAAUGCAAAGAGUUUCAGAUCAGCAGAACACCAGCUCCCAGGCUAAACUUCAUCAAAGGCAGCUCCAGCUUCAUAAGAAGGGUUGCUAUUGUAUGUCCUGCAGUUGGUGGAAUCUUCAUCAAGGACACUGAAAAAUGACCAUGCCUGUCUGGAACUCUCAGGAAAAUUCAGCAUUAGCAGUCACAUUAGUAGCUGAAAAGUAUGUGAAUAAAACUCUUCUGUUCAAUGUAUGCUGCUUGGAAAUUCAACAGGAAAUAAGGUGUGGAUUUGUAGAGCCCACCCAGUUCUUCAGGAUGUAGCACAUAUGAAUAUUACAAAAAAAAAGUAUACUCAUAAAUGCAUUGUCAUGGGGAUAUCCAAGUUUAGUGUUAGCACACUCUUUGUCUGCCUAGAAAUGCAAAGACUAUUUGCUUUUUUUGCAAUGUUUUAGGUGUUUCGGUGCAUUGUUAAGAAUGGUAGUGUUCAACUGGAACUCAGGAAAAAGACACAGAUGCAAGAGGUCAGUGCCAGUACAUGACCAAGCACUUGCUGAUGUUCACCCUAGAUUUGUUGCUUCUGGGAAGGAUCUACUUUAUGACUUUAUCAAUGUGAGUUUGUUUUCCUUAAGGCCUGUUCUGGAUGUGUGCCAGAUGUGUUGCUGUAUGCCUCACGCACGUAUGUCUUGAAUUCUUGCUAAGAUAAUAAAUACAAAGUGUUUACAAGAAAAA